GUGAUUAUUCAUGGUAUUAAGUCACAUGAAAUCCAUUAACACUAUUACUAUGGAUAUACAUAUAUACAUGUAUAUAUAUAUAUAUAACAAUGGAAAUGUUUAAUUACAGUUUUGCAAUAUCAGUGUAAACUUCUUUUUUAUGCAUAUGUAUAUGAUCUAUAUAUGUUCCAGAAUUUAUGUAUGAUUCUUUGAAAAACUUAUAACUGGAUUCAUUCAAGAAACAUAGAAUGGAAUCAAACGUUGUUGAUUUGGACGGUACUAAUGAAUGUAAUAAUAUAAGUAAACGAAUUAAAAUUAUUUUGGUGGGUAAUUCAAGUGUUGGCAAAUCAAGUUUAUUAAAAUCAUUCACUAAAGGAUCUGAUGAAAAUGAACCAGUCUCUACAAUUGGUACCGAUUUAAAAUUAUAUGAAAUGAGAUUGAAUGGUGAAUUAAUUAAACUUUACAUUUGGGAUACAGCUGGUACAGAAAGAUUUAAAAAUCAUAUGUCUCCAUCAUAUUUUCGUCAUGCACAAGGUGCUUUAGUAGUUUAUGAUGUUGGUUGUCAAAGAAGUUUUGAAGAAUUAAACACAUGGGUUAAAAUGAUUGAACAAUAUUCUGGUAGUAGAUUAGUUAAAGUGAUUAUUGGUAAUAAAAAUGAUUUAGUAGCCAGCACGUGCUAUAUCUAUGCAAAAAGCUGAAGAAUAUGCUAAAAGUAUUAAUUGUGUAUAUUUGGAAACUAGUGCAAAAACUGGUCUUCAUGUUAGACAAGCAUUCGUUACAUUAGUACAUUUGAUUAUCGAAAAAAAUUCCAAUCAAUUAAGUGUUAAAGAGAAUAAUGUUGUUUUACGCGAAAAACCUACAAAACAUAAAGCUCAGUGUUGUCAUCAUUAAAUCGAUCAUUUUUAUUCCAAAGAAGAAAAAAAAGAAAAAAAUUAUCGAUUCAAAAAAAAAGAAAAAAACACAUUUUUUUUGGUUGAAACAAUAAACAUGCUAUUUGUAAAUGUUAUGUAAUACGAAUCCACAUUGAAACAAUGUUCAAUGAUCAGUGAUAUUGAAACUAUUGAUCAUUUAAUACAUUAUAUGUAGAUGAUAAUUUAAACACAUAAGAAAUAGUAAACAUUCACUUGGUGA